AUAAAUUCCAAUUGGCGUGGUGUGCGAAAACGUGCCGUCAUAACAUAACAUACUCAAAUUUCUUGUGAAUUUCACAGUUUACUAUUUAAAAAAACAAUUUGUAAACAUGAGUGAUACUUCGCACAAAAUAAAAAAUUCCGACUAUACAGUUUAUGCAUCAGCUGCAUGCAAUCCUACUCCCCAUUGCGCCGACUGGGGUGAUAACGGAUUGAUCGUUUUCGGUGCACACUUUUCCGUGGCGGUAGUUGAUCCAAAUUAUAACGGUUCCACCAAAAAUAUUGCCACUUACAAAGGGCAUGAAGCUCGUGUAAAUACAGUACAUUGGCUGCGCUUGCCGUCCGCUAAGCCCGAAACACACUUCAUAUCUGGUGCCGAUGAUUGUAAAGCUUUUAUAUGGCGAUUUGAUAAAGAGGGAGAUGAUGUGAGCUUUGAACCACUUAAUCAUGAUGGCCCAGUGACAGAUAUUACAAGUCUCUACUUGGAACGCAAUAAUUGGUUAAUUGCUACAGCUGCGGAACAGACUAUAUCAUUGUGGAGUUUCAACACUUUAAGUACUGAAUUAGUGCAAAAAAUAAGUAAUAAAAACAGUUACACACUUGGGCUUAGCCUUUUUCGAAUGCCAAAAAGUGAGCAGUUUCUUUUGGCUUACGGAAAUGAUAAAGGCAACAUUUAUAUUUGGGCACAAAAUCAGCCACUUAAAGCUAGUAACGCUGAGGCGGAUGCACAACCAUUUCGAAUGGUACAUCAAAUGACUGGCCACGAAGACUGGGUGCGAGCGCUUGAUGUUAUCGAAGAUGGCGAUGAUAUUUUAUUGGCAAGCGCUGCUCAAGACAAUUUCAUACGGUUGUGGCGCAUUUCCAAACGCACCGAGGAGCAAGCACAUGAAAAUAAAGUUGAUAUUUGUAAUAUACUGGAAGAUGAUACGGAAAUAAGAGUGGAGGAAAAAAUUAUAUAUUUAAGUGGUAACAACUGGUGUGCGAUCAGUUUGGAGUCAGUACUCUACGGACAUGAAGGUUGGGUGUAUGGCGUGAACUGGCACAGAUCUAAGGAACAAGGUCUACUUUUGCUUUCUGUUUCAAUCGACAAGUCAAUUAUAAUUUGGGCCCCUAGUGAAGACGGUGUGUGGAUGGAAAAGGUGCGUGUAGGUGAGGUGGGUGGUAAUUCGUUGGGAUUCUACGGGGGAAAAUUUUCUAGUGAUGGAAAAUCCAUAUUUGGACACAGCUAUCAGGGUGGCUUCCAUAUAUGGCAUCAAAUGGCGGAUAAUGAGAACUUUUGGUCACCCGGUGUCAUAAUAGGUGGACAUUUCGAUGAAGUACGCGAUUUGGCUUGGGCACCAAACGGUGAAUUUUUAUUAAGUGUGUCCGCCGACCAGACCACACGUAUACAUGCACCAUGGCGACGAUGUAAUAACGAAAGCGAUGAUGUGGUGACGUGGCAUGAAUUAGCACGUCCUCAGGUGCACGGAUAUGAUAUGCAGACAAUUGCAAUACUAUCACGUUACAAAUUUGCCAGUGGAGCUGAGGAGAAAAUUGUACGUACAUUCCAGGCGUCUGCCAAUUUCAUUGAAAACUUUAGGCGCAUUACCGGCGCUCAGAAUGAUGCUGAGGGUGAUGAUUUAUUGCAAACUUUACCAAAAGGCGCUUCUGUGCCAUCACUGGGUCUAUCAAAUAAGGCAGUGUAUAGCGCUGAUAUAGACUCGGUUCCAAAAGAAAAACACAUUAAGGACGAAUAUCCUGAAAAUUAUUUUAUACCGGUUACACUAGACUCACCGCCACAAGAAGAGACACUAAUGCAGAAUACGCUCUGGCCGGAAAUGCAGAAACUUUACGGACACGGCUUUGAAAUUUAUGCGCUGGCCGCUUCACCGGACGGCAAAGUUCUCGCUUCCUCAUGUCGCGCCACGAACGAGGAGCAUGCGCAAAUAAUACUUUGGGACACCACAACUUGGAAGCAAAUUCAAAAACUUGCCGCGCAUAAACUUACAGUAACUCAGAUGCGCUUCUCACCAAAUGGUAGGUUAUUGCUCUCGGUCUCACGCGAUCGCACAUGGGCACUUUUUGAACGUGUUGAAGAUGUAAGCACCACCAAUAGUCAACCAAGUUAUCGCCUCAAACAAAAGUCGACAACUAAAAUGUCGGUGCACAGUCGUAUUAUUUGGACAUGUGAUUGGUCACAUGAUAGCAAAUAUUUUUUAACUGGUGGUCGUGACGCCGUACUAGGUGUGUGGGCACAAGUUAAUGGUGAUAAAUGGGACAUUUGGCUCAAGGAAACAUAUGCAAAUCCCGUGACUGCACUAACCUUUGCACCGAAACUGGUAGAACCAGGGCUGUAUCAGAUUGCUAUAGGUUUUUCGAAUGGUGAUAUAGUGCUGCAACAGUUGGUUGAAAAUGAAAAACAAUUAAAAGCCGUUGAAGAUAGCAAAGUUACUUUUGAGAAAGCGCAUGACUCUGCAGUGAAGCGUUUGCAAUUUCAGCCAUUACGUGAUGUUAAUAACAGCACGUCCGACCAUUUUCUGCUAGCUAGUUGUGGGGACGACCAUUUCGUUCGAAUAUUUAAAUGUCUGCAUUCAUUUAAGAACAACGAGGCGUGAAUAUUAGAAUAAAACUGUAUAUAUGAAUAUCGAAAUAAAUAAAAUAAUGUCUAAA